CUGCUUUGGAAGCCCCAGAAUAGGUUCGAUAUUUCCCACGUCCCCACACUUCAACUCCCCCCUGCCACUGAACCUAUGCUCCGUCCUCGAACUAGCCUAUCCAUGCCCGCAGUGAUCUCAGCAACCAAACUGUCGGCUCGUAUCUUUACUUUGUUUCCAACUACUUCCUCCGCCACUGAAGCCAGCCUUCAACUUCUCUACCCCCCUCCUUAUGCCGUCGGCACUCUUCGCACUCGCCAUCUUCAUACCUUAUACUCGCUUCGCCGUCUGGGCACUCCACGUUUGUUCCGCCCGGGCCCAAUAUCGUUAUGCCUUUGCCGCAGUUUCUGACGGUGUAGAAGGUGGUAUUGCCGCAUCUAGUACAUCUUUCAUAUAUCUUGAGGCACAUUGUGGUUGAUAGAAUGCGUGGGUGCUCGAUAAAAAUAAUGCUGCCAGGGGUGUGGUGGAUCUGUCGAACAAUUCUGCUUUGGGGGAAGGCUAGAUAUGAGCUGUCAGAAGUGACGUUUACCAAUCCAAAGGGAGGGCGUGAAUAUAGAUACCGAGAGACGGC